AAUGGAGAGAACCAAAUUAAUAAUUGUUGUGAUUGCAAACAUCUUCUGAAUCCUCUUCUCAAUAUUUCAACGUCUUCUCCGUCAUCACAUGAUAUGUUUAGUGGAUUGUUAUGUUAUACAAACAAUAAAAACCAAUAGCGUCGCGUCGAAUGGCAUCGGCGGCGAGGGGCGUCAAGAGACGCCACGUAAUCACUAGGUUCAGCUGCAAGAUGCUGUUCCUCUUCUCCGUUUCCCUCUCAUGCGUCGUCGUUUUAACCAUCGCGUCUCUCUUCAGGUCUUACUCUAUCAAACCCCCAAUUUCAAUUUCUCGCGUCUUUGAUGGCCCUCCCAAGAUCGCAUUCUUGUUCCUCGUUCGCCGCAACCUCCCUCUCGAUUUCCUCUGGGAUGCUUUUUUCCAGAACGGCGACGUUGCGAGAUUCUCGAUUUAUGUUCAUUCGGCGCCUGGGUUUCUCUUGGAUGAGUCAACGACGAGGUCGCAUUUCUUCUACGGUCGACAACUGAGUAAUAGCAUCCAGGUUUUAUGGGGAGAAUCAAGUAUGAUUCAGGCUGAAAGGUUGUUACUGGCAGCAGCUUUAGAGGACCCUGCAAAUCAAAGAUUUGUUCUUCUCUCGGACAGCUGCGUUCCACUGUACAACUUUUCCUACGUGUACAAUUAUGUCAUGGUUUCUCCAAGGAGUUUCGUGGACAGCUUUCUUGAUGCAAAAGAGGGCCGCUACAAUCCAAAAAUGUCACCUAAAAUACCAAGGGAAAAAUGGCGUAAAGGGUCCCAGUGGAUCACCUUAGUUCGUAAGCAUGCUGAAGUGAUUGUUGAUGAUGAAGUUAUCUUUUCUGUCUUUAAGAAAUAUUGUAAGAGACGUCCACCAGUUGAUACCAGAAAGGGAAAGCUGAAUCUGAAACUUCAGAAGCAGCACAACUGCAUACCAGAUGAACACUAUGUCCAGACAUUGCUUGCAAUGCAUGGCCUUGAAGGAGAACUUGAACGUAGAACGUUGACCUAUACCCUGUGGAACCAAUCUGCUACAAAAAUGGAGAAUAAACGCUGGCAUCCUAUUACUUUCACCUAUGCAAAUGCUGGUCCUCAAAGGAUAAAGGACAUGAAGGGCAUCAACCAUGUUUAUUAUGAGACUGAGUCCCGGAUAGAAUGGUGUCGUACCAAUUCAACAUCCGUUCCAUGCUUUUUGUUUGCUAGGAAAUUCUCUCAAGGAGCUGCUAUGCGCUUGUUGAGCGGGGAAGUUGUUGACCACUUCCAAGUUUCUGCUUUGUUAGCCACAACCCCCUGAUUUGCCCUUCCGUCCAAAGCAGCUCUUAGCCCUAUACUGACUAUUGACUGACCUUAGACAUAUACCUCGGACGUCAAAUGGGGUUGCCACAAGUUAUAUACAGCAUACUCUAUGAAAGCAGAUUUUGAUUCGUUUACUUCAAGUUAGAUACAGCAUACUCCCGACAAACAGAUAUUGAAGCCAAAGUUUGUAGCUGUGGUUGAAAUAAUUUAUGGGCAAGUUAAAGUACCGCCGGAUGGGAUGUUAUGAGCUGAUAGGACCAUUUUAUCUAGCUUAGUGAGAAGUCUUAUACUUCAUACCACAAUUUUAAAUCAAUGAUUACACGAACUAAUAAGUUUUAAUAUAGAAAGGAAUGUAUUUUUUUUUCAAUCAUAUCUGAAAAAUUUUAAUAAUUCUUACGGCAGACUGAAACAUUAGACUCUCCCCUUCCCCACUCACCCAUCAAGCUCCAUGAGAGGGAAGGUCGUGCUGGCGACAUGUUUGCCAAUAACAUUGGG